AUGCGAGAUGAUACAAUAUAUGAGAAUAACGGUGGAAAAGAAGCCAUAAGAAGGCUUCCGGGGAACCUUUGUAAUGACAGAGUGUUUCCCAUUAAGAGACCACUGGACCCGGGCGUGAGGCAGCAGAUCCUGCCUAAAGAGCAGUGGACAGAGCAUGGGGAGGAUAAAUUCUACCUUGAGCUAUAUCUGAAAGAGGUUAUUCAGGAAAGAAAAGAGAGACAAGAAUGGGCAAAGAAAUAA